AUCACAAUCACAAUCACAAUCACAAUCACAAUCAGGUGCCUUUUUCAAUUUUGCAGCUUCUUGAUUCAGAUCUCUCUCUCUCUCUUCCCUUAUUGGUAACCUUAUUUCUCUUGAUUUUUCAUAAAUUCCAUCAACUCAAAACAGUUAGUGGAGCUCAAAUUGGAUCAUAAGGUUGCUGCUAAACAUUGAAUUUGGUUUGUUUUGGAAGUUUCUCUAAUGGGCUCUGCCAACUCCAGAAUAGAAGAAGAUAAAGUGCUGCAGCUUUGUCGCGAAAGAAAGAAAUUUGUACGGCAGGCGCUUGACGGCAGGUGCUCACUCGCAGCUGCUCAUGUCUCCUAUGUGCAGUCCCUCCGCAAUACAGCCACUGCUUUGAGGAGGUUUGUUGAGCCCCCCGAAGCUCCUCUUGAAUCUUCGCUCUACACCUCCACCACUGCAACACCCGAGCCUCUUGCUUUGACUCACAGCUCCCCAUCUCCUCCCACCGCCAAUCACAUGAAAUUUACGGGUUUCUCUUCUACCAAAGUUGAAGAGAAGCCUCCACCAGUCAUUACAGCCACUGUAACACCUCCAUCCACUGAAACAUCAGCGCCCUGGGAUUUCUUUGGUCUGUUUCAUCCAAUUGACCAUCAAUUUUCCACGCAACACACUGUCGAUGACAUUCGACGCCUUAGGGAAGAGGAGGGAAUUCCUGAGCUCGAAGACGAACAAGACAAACAUUCAUUCAGCGCUACGGAAGAACACUUGGAGGAUUCUGAAGAUGAAUUUGACCAAGAGGAUCCCCCUGCAGAUACUUUAGUUCGUAGUUUUCAAAAUCUUAAUAGGCAGCCUGCACAUAAUUCAUCACCUACCGUGCCUUCAGCUGAAACCCAAUUAUUCAAUGGAGAGAAAAGCAAUUCUCCUGAUAUGUCGCCCCUCACAACUCCAGCCGAUACACCUCUCAAACACCAUCCUCUUCCCCCCAAGGACUUCUUUUCCAGCAUUAAAGAUAUCGAAUCUCUCUUCAUUAAAGCGUCUCAAGCUGGCACCCAAGUUCCAAGGAUGCUUGAAGCAAAUAAGCUGCAUUUCCGUCCAAUUGCCCCACCAAACCAACAUGGAUCCAUGGUAUCUACAUUCUUCAAGGCCUGUUUCUCUUGUGGGGAAGACCCUACUCAAGUUCAAGAAGAACCUGCACAAAAUGAUGUGAAAUAUUUAACUUGGCAUAGGACAACAUCAUCACGGUCAUCUUCUUCCAGGAAUCCUCUUGGUUUGAAUGCCAAGGAUGACGCAGAGGAUUUUACUGGUAAUCUUUUUGAGAAUUUCUGCAUGAACUCUGGAAGUCAUGUCUCAACCUUGGAUAGGCUGUAUGCAUGGGAGAGGAAACUGUACGAUGAAGUUAAGGCUAGUGAGAUGGUCAGGAAGGAGUAUGACAGUAAACUUACAAUCCUUAGACAAUUGGAAUCAAAAGGAGAACAUAGCCACAAAAUUGAUAAAACGCGUGCUGUUGUUAAGGAUCUACACUCAAGAAUUAGAGUUGCAAUUCACAGAAUUGAUUCCAUAUCAAAAAAGAUCGAGGAACUGCGGGACAAAGAGCUUCAACCACAGCUAGAGGAAUUAAUUGAUGGGUUAAGUCGGAUGUGGGAGGUUAUGUUUGAAUGCCACAAGCGUCAGUUCCAAAUCAUCACGAUAGCAUACAACCAUAGGAGUGCCAAAAUUUCUAUACAGUCAGAGUCACAUCGGGAAAUUGGCAUCCAUCUAGAAUACGAACUUCACUCUCUCUCGUCGUGUUUUAGUAAGUGGAUUGGUGCUCAGGUGUCGUAUUUGCGAGCCAUAAAUGACUGGCUUUUCAAAUGUGUAUUCUUACCACAAAAACCGACAAAGAAAAAGAGAAGAAGUGGGCCUUCCCCUUCAUUGACAUUGAGAAGAAGCGGUCCUCCAAUUUAUGUAACCUGCGGUCUCUGGUUGGAGAAGCUUGAAGCGUUGCCUGCUAAAGAGGUUGUGGAGGCUAUAAAGGGUUUGGCUGCAGAAACUAGUCACCUUCUUCCCCGCCAAGAAAAGAACCAAGGGAAGAGUGUAAAUGUAGCGUCAUGGAAGACUGAAAAUGGCGGUGAUUUGGGGAUUAACCUAUUAAGAGAUGAAGAGGCUUCAGAUGAUGGUUUAGAGAGGUUUCGAUCAAGCUUGGAAAGAUUUAUUGGGCAGUUGAAUAAGUUUUCAGAAGGUUGUGUGACUAUGUUUGUGGAACUUCAGAAGGCUAUCCGGGAUGCAAAGAAUCCGCAACCCCAAGCUCCACCACUGCAGCCACAAGGCUAGUUAAAUGGGAAGCAUUUUGGAGAAGAGUUGAGGUGUAUGUGGGCAUAUAUGUAGAUAUGAAGAAGGGAAUAAAAGAAAGUAAUUUAUAAAUGGUAGAAAAGAGGAAUAAACGACAUUGUAAUUUGUAGUCUGAAAGGUGUCAUUCACCUUGUUGUUGGUGGCGGUGAUGCAUAGAUGGUCACAGAAGAUGUAUAGUUUCUUUUCUCUAUUUAUCUUCAACAAACAAUAAGCUCUCGGCUCUCUUCUUUUACACCUACUUAUUGCAAAUUUUCAUUA